UCUCACGAAAGCGAAGGUCGUUGGAAGGACCGGAUCAUGUAUAAUUCGCUUCCCUCUUCCUCCCCCGGUCUCUUCCUCUCUGCCCAAAAUUCUCCCCGUCCCAUUUCCCCGAGUCUCGAGCCCGCUGCUGCUUCUUCCUCGAAAUUCGUCGGGCCUCACCGCCGGCGGCGGAACACACCACCCCACACCACACCGCACCAAACCGAAGUCUUCUCUCGUGGAGUAACGACUUGGGGUCCAUCCGGACUCGGAUUUCCUCUCUCGUUGGUACAUUUGUGAGAAUGGGGGUUUACCUUAGCACUCCUAAGACUGAAAAGCUAUCCGAAGAUGGGGGAAAUGAUAAACUUAAAUUUGGACUUUCGUCUAUGCAAGGGUGGCGUGCAACUAUGGAAGAUGCUCACUCGGCUUUGCUAGAUCUUGACAAUGACACAUCAUUCUUUGGUGUUUUUGAUGGACAUGGAGGAAAAGUGGUUGCCAAAUUCUGUGCAAAAUAUCUACACAGAGAAGUUCUCAAUAGUGAAGCCUAUGCAGCUGGUGACCUGGGCACGGCUGUCCAAAGAGCUUUCUUCAGAAUGGAUGAGAUGAUGCGGGGUCAAAGAGGCUGGCGGGAACUACAGGCACUUGGAGAUAAGAUAAACCAGUUUACUGGCAUGAUAGAAGGCUUGAUUUGGUCUCCUAAAGGAAGUGAUUCAAAUGAUGAACAUGAUGAUUGGGCUUUCGAGGAGGGACCACACUCUGAUUUUACUGGGCCAAACUGUGGGAGUACAGCCUGUGUAGCACUACUCAGAAAUAGGCAACUCGUUGUGGCAAAUGCUGGUGAUUCCCGCUGUGUUAUCUCAAGGAAUGGCCAGGCAUACAAUUUGUCCAGAGACCACAAACCAGAGCUUGAGGCGGAGAGAGAAAGGAUACAAAAUGCAGGGGGUUACAUCCAGAUGGGACGUGUAAAUGGAACUUUAAACUUGUCAAGAGCAAUUGGAGACAUGGAAUUUAAACUGAACAAGUUCUUGUCCCCUGAUAAGCAAAUUUUGACCGCAAACCCCGACAUAAACAUUGUAGAACUUUGUGAUGAUGAUGACUUUCUUGUUUUGGCAUGUGAUGGCAUUUGGGACUGCAUGUCAAGCCAACAGCUGGUUGAUUUCAUCCGUGAGCAUAUAAACACAGAGGGAAGCCUUUCUGCAGUAUGUGAAAGAGUGCUUGAUAGAUGUCUGGCUCCAUCAACAUUAUGUGGAGAGGGAUGCGAUAACAUGACGAUGAUCCUGGUGCAGUUCAAGCAGCCAAUUACUCAGAACAAGGAUGCCAAUGGUGCAGAACAAUCAACUGGAGACACAGACUGCUCUGAGACUCAUGUCGCCGAGGAGAAUGGCUCGUGAUGUUGCUGUCUGAUAAACGGGUAGCGAAGAAAUGGCUCUUCUUGAGUCUUGAAGCACGGCCUAAUGCUGGACCUGGCUAAAACAGGAGUAUGAUAUUGCUAUGUACAUAUCAACCGUGUGUUAAAUUGGCGACAACACCAUUCUUUGCUCCAUUGUUGUCCAUAACCCAACCUGCUGUUUUUUACGGUUGUGAUUUUGGCCAUCAGCCAUCUCCUAACUAUACAUUUGGCUGGAAAUUAACAUUACUAAGUUCACGCUGUCCAGUCAAAUAAUUAUUACAAAGUUGAUGUCGUACACCA